GGUAGGUUAGCAGAUCAGUCGACGGGCAAGUUUUCAAUCGCGAGGAUCAUAUUCGGUGAAGUGCCGCAGACAGUGACGGAAGAGUGACACCGGAGCUCAAGCCCAGUAGUUUAGAAGAAAAUGAGUGCUCAGAGUGAUGCAACGCAAGCCAAAGCAAAUGGACAUCUCAACGGAUCCGGUGGUCACACGGGCGACCUGAAAAUAGCCAUUAUCGGACAGAGCAACUUUGCCGCGGAGGUGCUGGAAGUGCUGCUCGAACAUCAUCACAUCGUGGUAGGAGUUUUCACGAUCGCCGACAAGGGAAAUCGGGAGGACAUCUUAGCCACGACCGCUCGCCAGUAUGGUAUUCCGGUGUUCAAAAUCUCCGCCUGGCGACGGAAAGGCGUUCCGAUUCCGGAGGUUCUCGACAAGUAUCGAUCGGUGGGCGCUAACUUGAAUGUCCUUCCGUUCUGCAGUCAGUUCAUUCCGAUGGAAGUGAUCGACGGUGCAAAACUUGGAAGCAUUUGUUAUCAUCCUUCGAUAUUGCCCCGACACCGUGGAGCGAGUGCUAUUUCGUGGACCUUGAUUGAAGGAGACAAUACGGCCGGAUUCUCGAUCUUCUGGGCCGACGAUGGACUGGAUACGGGACCGGUUUUACUGCAGAGACAAUGCCCUGUGUUUGGUGAGGAUACUCUGGAUUCGCUGUACAAAAGAUUCCUUUAUCCAGAAGGAGUGACUGCUAUGGCCGAGGCAGUGGAUAUGAUCGCCGAAGGAACAGCACCGAAGAUACCUCAAACAGAGAUCGGUGCCACAUACGAUCCGGCUCUGUUCCGAGAAGAGAAUCAAUAUAUCAACUUGAAUCAGUCGGCAGAGCGAAUCUUCAACUUUAUCAGAGGAUUGGAUUCGGUUCCCGGAGCGUUGGCAGUUAUCGAGGGAGAAGAUGGAGUUGAGAGUCCUGUUCGUUUGUAUGGUGCCUCAAUGAGCGCCCCGGUGGUGCUGGACAAUGCAAAACCAAUUCGUUUCAAGGGAGCUGCUGGGGAUGCAUUCGUAGAUCGAGACGGGAUUUUCUUAACCGGAACCGACGGUCGAUUAGUUAAGGUAAAACGGCUGAAAAAAGGCAGCAAGAUGAUUCAGGCCAGCCAAUGGUUCUCACAAGCCGGGAAGAAAGUGGUCCCGCUAGUGCUGGAUGAGCGAGAACUGGAGAUGGAAAGUGUUCUAAGAAAUAUAUGGAAAGCAAUUCUGAAAGUGGAGAUCGAGCCAGAUACUGACUUCUUUGCAUGUGGAGCGGGAUCAAUGGACGUAGUACGACUAGUGGAAGAGGUAAAGGAUGCUCUUGAAGUUCCACUGGAGAAUGAAAAUGUUUUCAUGGCUCCGGCGUACGCCGAAUUCUUGAAUGAGGUCGUUACCAGAUCACGUAGUGGAACUAGCGAUGCUGGAACGGGACCCGAAUACGAAGCAGUUGUGAUACGCGAGAACAAGAAGGUAAUUUCUGUUCCCACUCAGAUGUUUGUCAACGGACAGUUCAUUGAUGCAAAGAAUCGUAAAACUUUGGAUAUCGUAAAUCCGACGACGGAAGAAAUCAUCUGCAAGGUAGCAAAUGCAUCCCCCGAAGACGUGGACUAUGCAGUAAACUGCGCUUACCAAGCAUUCAAGGGGGUGUGGAGUCAGGUUUCAGCUAGGGAGCGAGGACAGCUGAUGUACAAACUGGCUGACCUGAUGGAACAGUACAAAGAGGAGCUAGCAACCGUGGAAUCGGUGGAUUCAGGAGCAGUCUAUACGCUGGCCUUAAAAACCCACAUCGGCAUGUCGAUCGAUGCAUGGCGCUAUUACGCGGGAUGGACGGAUAAGAUCGAAGGUUCAACGAUUCCGGUCAAUCCGGCUAAACCGAACCAUGUAUUGACCUUCACCAAGCGGGAACCAAUAGGUGUUUGUGGAUUGAUUACUCCUUGGAACUAUCCGUUGAUGAUGUUGUCAUGGAAGAUGUCUGCUUGCAUAGCGGCCGGAAACACGGUCAUAAUUAAACCGGCCCAAGUUUGUCCUUUGACGGCUCUGAAGUUUGCCGAACUGACCGUCAAAGCUGGAUUCCCACCCGGAGUUAUCAAUGUAGUAACCGGGAGUGGAUCGGUAACGGGUCAAGCCAUAUCUGAGCACCCUCUGGUACGCAAACUUGGUUUCACCGGGUCUACUCCAAUCGGAAAGGUUAUUAUGACAUCCUGUGCAGCAUCCAACAUGAAGAAGUGCUCGAUGGAACUCGGUGGAAAAAGUCCAUUGAUUAUAUUUGCCGACUGCGACCUCGAUAGGGCCGUUCGACUCGGAAUGUCCUCAGUGUUUUUCAACAAAGGAGAAAAUUGUAUUGCCGCUGGACGGUUGUUCGUGGAGGAUAAAAUUCACGACGAAUUUGUACGCAAGGUAGUCAAAAAUAUUAAAACCAUGACGAUUGGGGACCCGCUGAAUCGAGCGACAGCACAUGGACCCCAGAAUCAUAAGGCACAUCUGGAUAAAUUGGUGUCGUACUGUGAAACUGGAGUGAUGGAAGGUGCCAAGCUGGUCAUUGGCGGUAAACGAGUUCCGAACAGGAAAGGGUUCUUCUUCGAACCGACCGUAUUCACCGACGUGGAAGAUCGCAUGUUCAUAGCGCAGGAAGAAUCCUUUGGACCGAUAAUGAUCAUUUCCAAGUUCCACAGCAGCGAUUUUGAUGCCUUGGUGCAAAGGGCUAACAACACUGAGUUCGGAUUGGCAAGUGGAGUUUUCACGAAAGACAUCCAAAAGGCUUUGCUAUUUGCGGAGAAGGUCGAAGCCGGAACAGUAUUCGUGAAUACGUACAAUAAGACCGAUGUCGCGGCGCCGUUCGGAGGCUUCAAACAAAGUGGCUUCGGAAAGGAUUUAGGCAAAGAAGCUUUGAACGAAUAUCUCAAAACUAAAUGUGUUACAGUGGAGUACUAGAGCACAUCCUGUGGAUUGUGUAGACUAUACCAAAUCUGGAGAGAGGCUUUAAAGUAUGUGUUUGAGAAACGUGCUUAUUAAUUACGAUAAAACAUUACUUAUUAUAAUAAAAAUAACGAUAUUUUUAAA